AGUCGUCCAGUGUGCUUCGCUCCCGGCCCGCGGGGCUCCUGCGCCUUUUAGUUUCGGAGAGCCCACUUUGAUCGAGGCCACCGUUCCUACUGAGCCUCCUCCUUCUGUCUUCUACAGUCCUCACUGGAAUUGGAUUUGCAGAGGGGAUCGGUGGAAUCGGAUCACCUCAGUUCACGCACAACUGGCCCCUGCAUCUUCACGAUCUUCAUCAGCCGUUGCAAGCUUCAGGUCUCUUACAGCCAAGUUGAUAUUUGCCAGACAGACGACGCGCGAUCCGCUCCCCGCUGCUCUGUAGCCUUGGCCAGGCCAAUUGAUCUUCUGGACCUAAAGUUGCCCAAGGAGCGUCUGCCCUGCAGGAGGAGAAGAGCGAGGGGAGCUGAGAGGCGCGUACCUGUGUCAGCUCUACUGCCUUGAAUAUUACUGUUACUUCUGUAUUAUUUUGUGCACGCUAUCUGGACACUCUGGGUGGCUAGCCUCGAGCCAGGCACUGGGCCUCAGGCACCGCGCGGUUGGAGCAGAGGAACGAGCUAAAGAGAAACCCCUGGGGCCAGCGAGCUAGGAGGCGGCGGGGGAAGAUGCACGGCGUCGGCUGGCAGACGCUGUCCCUGUCUCUGGGGUUAGUGCUGGCGAUCCUGAACGAGGUGGCGCCGCAAGCGUGUCCGGCGCAGUGCUCCUGCUCCGGGAGCACAGUGGACUGUCACGGGCUGGCGUUGCGCAGUGUGCCCAGGAAUAUCCCCCGCAACACCGAGAGAUUGGAUUUGAAUGGAAAUAACAUCACAAGGAUUACCAAGACAGAUUUUGCUGGUCUUCGACACCUAAGAGUUCUUCAGCUUAUGGAGAAUAAGAUUACCACCAUUGAAAGAGGAGCAUUCCAGGAUCUUAAAGAACUGGAGAGACUGCGUUUAAACAGAAAUCACCUUCAGCUGUUUCCUGAGUUGCUGUUUCUUGGGACUUCGAAGCUAUACAGGCUUGACCUCAGUGAAAACCAGAUUCAGGCAAUUCCAAGGAAAGCUUUCCGUGGGGCAGUUGAUAUUAAAAAUCUGCAACUGGAUUACAACCAGAUCAGCUGUAUUGAAGAUGGGGCAUUCAGGGCUCUCCGGGACCUGGAAGUGCUCACUCUCAACAAUAACAACAUUACUAGACUUUCUGUGGCAAGUUUCAACCAUAUGCCUAAACUUAGGACUUUUCGACUCCAUUCGAACAACCUAUAUUGUGACUGCCACCUGGCCUGGCUUUCGGACUGGCUGCGCCAAAGGCCUCGGGUGGGCCUCUACACUCAGUGUAUGGGGCCAUCUCACCUGAGGGGCCACAAUGUAGCUGAGGUUCAAAAACGAGAAUUUGUCUGCAGUGGUCACCAGUCAUUUAUGGCUCCUUCUUGCAGUGUUUUGCACUGCCCAGCUGCUUGUACCUGUAGCAACAACAUCGUAGACUGCCGUGGGAAAGGUCUCACUGAGAUCCCCACGAAUCUGCCAGAGACCAUCACAGAAAUACGUUUGGAACAGAACUCAAUCAAGGUCAUCCCUCCUGGAGCUUUCUCACCAUAUAAAAAGCUUAGAAGAAUCGACCUGAGCAAUAAUCAGAUCUCUGAGCUAGCACCAGAUGCUUUCCAAGGACUACGCUCUCUGAAUUCACUUGUCCUCUAUGGAAAUAAAAUCACAGAACUCCCAAAAAGUUUAUUUGAAGGACUGUUUUCCUUACAGCUACUAUUACUGAAUGCCAACAAGAUAAACUGCCUCCGGGUAGAUGCUUUUCAGGAUCUGCACAACCUGAACCUUCUCUCCUUAUAUGACAACAAGCUUCAGACCAUCGCCAAGGGGACCUUUUCACCUCUCCGGGCCAUUCAAACCAUGCAUUUGGCCCAGAACCCCUUUAUUUGUGACUGCCAUCUCAAGUGGCUGGCGGAUUAUCUCCAUACCAACCCAAUCGAGACCAGUGGUGCCCGCUGCACCAGUCCCCGGCGACUGGCAAACAAAAGAAUUGGACAGAUCAAAAGCAAGAAAUUCCGUUGUUCAGCUAAAGAACAGUAUUUCAUUCCAGGUACAGAAGAUUAUCGAUCAAAAUUAAGUGGGGACUGCUUUGCCGAUUUGGCUUGCCCUGAAAAGUGCCGCUGCGAAGGGACCACAGUAGACUGCUCCAAUCAAAAACUCACCAAAAUCCCAGAUCACAUUCCCCAGUACACUGCAGAGCUGCGCCUCAACAAUAAUGAAUUUACAGUGUUGGAAGCUACCGGGAUCUUCAAGAAACUUCCUCAGUUACGUAAAAUAAACUUUAGCAACAAUAAGAUCACAGACAUUGAAGAGGGAGCGUUUGAAGGAGCAUCUGGUGUGAAUGAAAUACUUCUCACGAGUAAUCGUUUGGAAAAUGUUCAGCAUAAGAUGUUCAAGGGCUUGGAAAGCCUCAAGACUUUGAUGUUGAGAAGUAAUCGCAUAAGCUGUGUAGGGAAUGACAGUUUCAUAGGACUCAGCUCUGUGCGUUUGCUUUCUUUAUAUGAUAAUCAGAUUACUACCAUUGCACCAGGAGCUUUUGAUACUCUCCAUUCUUUAUCUACUCUAAACCUCUUGGCCAAUCCUUUCAACUGUAACUGCUACCUGGCUUGGUUGGGAGAAUGGCUUAGGAAGAAAAGAAUUGUAACAGGAAAUCCUCGAUGUCAGAAACCCUAUUUCCUCAAAGAAAUCCCCAUCCAGGAUGUGGCCAUUCAAGACUUCACUUGUGAUGAUGGAAAUGAUGACAAUAGCUGUUCCCCACUCUCUCGCUGUCCUGCGGAGUGUACCUGCUUGGACACAGUGGUUCGAUGUAGCAACAAAGCCUUGAAGGUCCUGCCCAAAGGAAUUCCAAGAGAUGUCACUGAAUUGUAUCUGGAUGGGAACCAGUUUACCCUGGUUCCUAAGGAACUCUCUAACUACAAACAUUUAACACUUAUAGACUUAAGUAACAACAGAAUAAGCACCCUCUCUAAUCAGAGCUUCAGCAACAUGACCCAGCUCCUCACUUUAAUUCUUAGUUACAACCGUUUGAGAUGUAUUCCUCCUCGAACCUUCGAUGGACUGAAGUCUCUUCGAUUACUUUCUUUACAUGGAAACGACAUUUCUGUUGUGCCUGAAGGUGCUUUCAAUGAUCUUGCUGCAUUAUCACACCUAGCAAUUGGAGCCAACCCUCUUUACUGUGAUUGUAACAUGCAGUGGUUAUCCGACUGGGUAAAGUCGGAAUACAAAGAGCCGGGAAUUGCUCGCUGUGCUGGUCCUGGAGAAAUGGCAGAUAAACUACUUCUCACAACUCCCUCCAAAAAAUUUACAUGUCAAGGGCUUCCAGGGCCCUGUGGCUUCCUGAUGCCAGGUCCUGUGGAUGUCAAUAUUCUAGCUAAAUGUAAUCCCUGCUUAUCAAAUCCAUGUAAAAAUGAUGGCACCUGUAACAAUGACCCAGUUGACUUUUAUCGCUGCACCUGUCCAUAUGGUUUCAAGGGGCAGGAUUGUGAUGUUCCAAUUCAUGCGUGCAUCAGCAACCCAUGUAAACAUGGAGGAACUUGCCACUUAAAAGAAGGAGAAAAAGAUGGAUUCUGGUGUAUUUGUGCUGAUGGAUUUGAAGGAGAAAAUUGUGAAAUCAAUGUUGAUGACUGUGAAGAUAAUGACUGUGAAAAUAACUCUACAUGUGUCGAUGGAAUUAAUAACUACACGUGCCUUUGCCCACCUGAGUACACAGGAGAGUUGUGUGAGGAGAAACUGGACUUCUGUGCCCAGGACUUGAACCCCUGCCAGCAUGACUCCAAGUGCAUCCUGACGCCAAAGGGAUACAAAUGUGACUGCACUCCAGGAUACAUAGGCGAACAUUGUGACAUCGACUUCGAUGACUGCCAAGACAACAAGUGUAAGAACGGAGCCCACUGCACCGACGCAGUGAACGGUUACACAUGCACCUGCCCUGAAGGCUACAGUGGCUUGUUUUGUGAAUUUUCUCCACCUAUGGUUCUCCCUCGUACCAGCCCCUGUGAUAAUUUUGACUGUCAGAAUGGAGCUCAAUGCAUCAUCAGGAUCAAUGAGCCAAUAUGUCAGUGUUUGCCUGGCUACCAGGGAGAAAAGUGUGAAAAACUGGUCAGUGUGAAUUUUGUAAACAAAGAGUCUUAUCUUCAGAUCCCUUCCGCCAAGGUCCGGCCUCAAACAAACAUCACUCUUCAGAUCGCCACAGAUGAAGACAGUGGAAUCCUCCUGUAUAAGGGUGAUAAAGACCAUAUUGCUGUGGAGCUCUACCGAGGGCGUGUUCGUGCCAGCUAUGACACCGGCUCCCACCCGGCUUCUGCCAUUUACAGUGUGGAGACAAUCAAUGAUGGAAAUUUUCACAUUGUGGAACUACUCGCCCUGGAUCAAAGUCUCUCCCUCUCAGUGGAUGGAGGGAGCCCCAAAAUCAUUACCAACUUGUCAAAGCAGUCCACUCUGAAUUUUGACUCCCCACUCUAUGUCGGAGGCAUGCCCGGGAAGAACAACGUGGCCGCAGCUCUGCGCCAGGCCCCUGGGCAGAAUGGCACCAGCUUCCACGGUUGCAUCCGGAACCUUUACAUCAACAGCGAACUUCAGGACUUCCGGAAGGUGCCCAUGCAGACCGGCAUCCUUCCUGGCUGUGAACCAUGCCACAAGAAGGUGUGUGCCCACGGCACAUGCCAGCCCAGCAGCCAGGCCGGCUUCACCUGCGAGUGCGAGGAAGGAUGGACAGGGCCCCUCUGUGAUCAGAGGACCAAUGACCCCUGUCUUGGAAAUAAAUGCGUCCACGGCACCUGCCUGCCCAUCAAUGCGUUCUCCUACAGCUGCAAGUGCCUAGAGGGCCAUGGGGGCGUCCUCUGUGAUGAAGAGGAGGAUCUGUUUAACCCAUGCCAGGCGAUCAAGUGCAAGCAUGGGAAAUGCAGGCUCUCAGGACUGGGGCAGCCCUACUGUGAAUGCAGCAGUGGAUACACCGGGGACAGCUGUGAUCGAGAAAUCUCCUGUCGAGGGGAACGGAUAAGAGAUUAUUACCAAAAGCAGCAGGGCUACGCCGCUUGCCAGACGACCAAGAAAGUGUCUCGGUUGGAAUGCAGAGGGGGCUGUGCAGGCGGGCAGUGCUGCGGACCUCUGAGGAGCAAGCGAAGGAAAUACUCUUUCGAAUGCACUGAUGGGUCUUCGUUUGUGGACGAGGUGGAGAAGGUGGUAAAGUGUGGCUGUACCCGCUGCGCCUCCUAAACGCAUCCCUGGCAGCUUUGGUCUUUGGAAAAUGUUGUCUACUUCUUGACCCUGUUGGACUCAUGAAUGCUUCAUAGUGGAAAUAUUUGAAAUAUAUUGUAAAAUACAGAACAGACUUAUUUUUAUUAUGAGAAUGAAGACUUUUUUUCUGCAUUUAGAAAAAAAAAAGAAAUGCUUGAACUAAAGCUUCCCCAAUGCUGGAGAAGUAUAAAGAAUGAUACACCUGGAGGCAUUAGAACAACGAUGCGAACCAUGAUAACUUGGAUUCAGCCUUUAAUUUGCUGGAGACCAGCAGAAGCACAUACCCGAGAGAGACAAGGUUCUCUCUGCUGAUGAGAAGUUGCCCAGAGCAUAAUUCUCUGCGCCCUGGUUCUCAUCUACAUGGUUCAUAAGGAAGGACAGACCAAGCACAUGUGUGUGAGUGAGGGUGCAAGGCAGAUGAAUGGAACUCCAGAAUUCACAGCCGGAAUGAAUGGAUGAGAAAUAUUUUAUGCAAAACAUAAGGUAUCCUGAAGACCGGGGUUCCAUUCAUGAGAGGAGAUGAGAGUGCUAAAAUAAAUUUUAUCUUCUUUUUAAACGUCAGCAUGUUAGCAGGAGAAGCACACAAAAGUGUUUAUCUACCGUUUUCCAGUAUUAAUUUUUUGUAAUAUAAAUGACAAAGGAGAUGAUAAAGAACCAAUAGAUUAUUGAUAAAUAAAUUAGUAAUAAUAUGAAUUUUUGUUUCUAUGAGUUCUAAACAGCCCUAUACAGUAUUCGGUUUCAAUGAGAAAUAUUUAUUGUAUCAAAGUACAUUGUACUUAACAUUUUAGGCCAUCCUUUUGCUGUUUCUCGAUGCUUUAAUAUAUAUUAAUUUAUAAUUGUCCUGAUAUUUUUGUACAUUUUUCAAACUUAAAAAUCAGGAUUCUUUUGUGGGUUUUUUUUUUUUUCUUGGCAAUAGUACUAACAUAGGGUGUUAUCUUGGGAUAAAUGUGUGUUGAUCUGUUUGUUUACCUUGACAUCUGACCACUGGUGUCACUGACCUACUGGCCUCAUUCAGGACGCCUGCAGAGGGUAUGUAAAGUCUAUGCGUGAGCCGCUCACUGUACAGAGAGAAGCACCCCUCUGCAGCAAGUCCUCACAGAACAGAAUGGUGUGUAGCAAUCGACACUAGAAAAGUAGAUCUUUUACAAAUUAAUAUUUCCUUGACCUUUUUUUGCCCUUUUACCGGGGUUGGGGAGGGGAGAGAAAAGGCUGUAAUGUCAAGAACUGUGAUUUUUUUUUUUCACAAACAAUAAAGCUCCUUUAUGACUUUAAUGUUCCCAUGUUACCAUGUUUGCUGCUAAAGUACAAUGUAGAAUUAAUAGAAUUUAUAGUGGACUGUGCUCCUCCCUCGUUAAAAUCCCAGGGUACCCUGUAAAGUUGCAGAUGUUUCUUUCCAAAAACUUUUUUUUACAAAGAAAACUAGACGUACAUGUAUAAUUCAGUGUGCUUUGUCUUUCUCCAGACUAAUAUCAGUUACACUACUGAUGUAUGUAAAUUAAACGGAUAUUUACUUCA